GUGAAGAUGUACCUCAAGUCAAUUGUGCUUGAAGGAUUUAAGUCCUAUGGUUCGAGGACGGAAAUUUGUGACUUUGACCCAUUUUUCAAUGCUAUUACUGGCUUAAAUGGUAGUGGCAAGUCCAAUAUUUUGGAUUCCAUCUGUUUCGUGUUGGGAAUUACCACCCUGUCACAGGUGCGAGUUUCCAGCUUGCAAGACCUGGUUUAUAAAAAUGGACAAGCUGGAAUUACUAAAGCAACUGUGUCUGUUACCUUCGAUAAUUCUGACAAGAAAAGAAGUCCAAUAGGAUUUGAAGAGUGUAAGGAGAUCACUGUCACUAGGCAGGUUGUUGUUGGAGGCAGAAAUAAAUAUCUUAUCAAUGGUUUGAAUGCUGCCAACAAUAGAGUGCAAGACCUCUUCUGUUCUGUUGGGCUCAAUGUCAAUAACCCUCACUUCCUCAUUAUGCAGGGGCGAAUUACCAAAAUUCUAAGUAUGAAGCCGCCAGAGAUUUUAGCUAUGGUUGAAGAAGCAGCUGGUACUAGGAUGUACGAAAGCAAGAAAAUAAUUGCCCACAAAUCCAUAGAGAAAAAGGAAGACAAACUGAAUGAAAUUAAAUCGGUCUUAAAUGAGGAUAUCGGUCCAGCUUUACACAAACUGAAAGAGGAAAGAUCAGCCUAUCUAGAAUACCAACAUGUAACACGAACAAUUGAACAUUUAAGCCGCCUCUGUGUAGCUUAUAAUUUUGUUCAAGCUGAAAAAGCAAUGGAAUCCUGCAGUGGAAGAUUACAAGAACUGCAGGCUCGCGUGCAGAAGCUUUGUGAAUCAAAGGCUGAAAAUGAACAUAAGAUGAAACAACUUAAUGAAGAAGUGGCAGAGAUGGAAAAGGAAAAGAAUAAGGAAGCUGGUGAUGUUCUCCGUUCACUGGAAGGUGCUCUUUCAGAAAUUAAAAGAGAAAACACCAGAAUACAAAGUGCUGUGGAUCUCAAGAAGCAAAACUUAAAAAGUGAAAAGUUGAAGUAUGAAGAACUGGUAAAAAGAAUGCAGAAGGAUUCUAAAACGUUGACAGUAAAGGAGAAUGAAAUGAAGAAGAUUGUGAAAGAGCUAAAUGCUUUACAGGAAACAAGUGAAAAAGAUGCAGCUGCUUUAAGUGCAGCACAACACGAUUUUAAUGCUGUGUCUUCUGGCUUGUCCAGCAGUGGUAAUGGGAAAGAUACUACUUUGUCUGAACAGAUGAUGGCUUGCAAAACUGAAAUCAGCAAAGCAGUAACAGAGGCUAAGCAGGCCCAAAUGAAGUUGAGUUACGCACAAAAGGAAUUAAAGACAAAACAAGCUGAAGUUAAGAAGAUGGAUGGAGGUUACAAGAAAGACCAAGAAGCACUUGAAGCUGUCAGGAACACAAAAAAUCAACUAGAGGAACAGAUGAAGAAGCUGAACUACAAAGAAGAGAAAGAAGCCACCCUUUUAAAAGAGCAGAAGGCGUUGACCCAUGACAUUCGUCGGCUGAAGGAACUGCAUGAAAGCUUAGUGGCAAAGUUUCCUCAUCUACAGUUUAAAUACAAAAUUCCAGACAGGAACUGGGAUCCAAGAUGUGUGAGAGGCCCAGUUGCAAGUCUUAUCGCUGUGAAAGAUGCAUCCCAAGCAAAAGCCCUAGAAGUUGUGGCUGGAGGGAAACUCUUUAACAUUGUUGUGGACACUGAGGCUACUGGCAAACAGCUUUUAGAAAGGGGUGAACUACAGCGUCGAUGCACCAUCAUUCCAUUAAACAAAAUUGCUGCUGUGUGUGUUGAACCAGACAAGAUCAAGUUGGCCAAAGCCUUGGCUGUCCAUGGUGAUGUGAAUUUAGCCCUUCACCUAAUUGAAUAUGAACAUGAACUGCAGAAAGCAAUGGAGUAUGUCUUUGGAGGAACACUGGUCUGUAAUAACAUGGACACCGCCCAGAAAGUGACUUUUGACAAAAGGAUAAUGACAAAAACGGUUACAACUGAUGGAGAAAUGUUUGACCCCCAGGGCACACUGCGUGGAGGUGCAUUUCCAGAUGCUGCACCAAUCUUGUCUGUACUCAAACAAGUUAAAGAUACUGAAGCAGAACUCACUGCAAAGGAACAUAGACUUGAGGCUGUGGAGAAGGAGCUGGCAAGCUUGAAGAAAGUUGCUGAAACGUACCAGCAGCUGAAGCAGCAGUGGGAGAUGAAGACUGAAGAAGCAGAGCUACUGGAAAAGAAGCUUCAGCUAAGUGCUUACCACAAACAAGAGGAAGAGCUACUCGUGCUGAAGAAAACAAUUGUGGAGUGUGAAGAAAUAUUAAAGAGAACUGAAGAGACACAAAAGGAGGCAGAAGAUAAAUACAAGUCAUUAGAGAAAAAAAUUAAAGACAAAGAAGCAGAGCAUGCACAACAGCUGAAAAAUGCUCAGCGGAAAUUAGAUGAUGCCAAGAAAAAUGCAGACACUUCAAGCAAGCAAAUGAAAGAAAAGCAGCAGGAAGUUGAAGCUUUAGUUCUGGAACUCGAAGAGCUAAAACAAGAGCAGGCCUCCUAUCAACAACAGAUAAAGCUUGUAGAUCAAGCAAUCAAAAACUACGAGGAGCAAGUUAAUGCCUUGACAGCUGAAAUGUCUAAGACAAAGGAAUCUCUAGAGAAAUCAGAGAAGGAGGUGGCCAAACAAAAGGAAGUCGUUGAGUUGCAGAAUAAAGCAAUUAAAGCCAAAGCUGAAGAGAUAUCAAAAUGCAGAGAACAAAUUAAUGCAUUACAUCUUCAAGUUAAAGAAUUAGAACACAACAUCAGCAAACAUCAGCAAGACACGGAUGAUGCUGCUUCCACGAUCAGCAAUAUGAUGAAAAAAUACCCAUGGAUAGCUUCAGAGAAGACAUUUUUUGGUCAGCCAGACACAGCCUAUGACUUCAAAGCUAACAGUCCUAAAGAUGCAUCUGUAAAGCUGCAGAAGCUGCAGGAGAAGAAAGAUGUGUUAUCAAAGACUGUAAACUUGAACUCCCUGAAUAUGUUUUCUGAGAUGGAAGAGAAAUAUAAUGACUUGAUGAAGAAAAAAAGAAUUGUAGAGAACGACAAGUCACAAAUUCUUCUAACUAUUGAACAGCUUGACCGGAUGAAAAAGGAAGCUUUACAUGUAGCUUGGAAAAAGGUGAAUGAAGACUUUCAGUCCAUUUUCUCAACACUUCUUCCAGGAGCCAAAGCUAAGCUAGUAGCUUCUGGUCGUGGGAAUGCCUUGAAUGGCCUGGAAUUCAGAGUUGCCUUGGGAAACACCUGGAAGGAAAACUUAACAGAACUUAGUGGAGGACAAAGAUCACUGGUGGCCUUGUCCUUGAUCUUAGCCAUGCUUCUUUUCAAGCCCGCCCCCAUAUACAUCUUGGAUGAAGUGGAUGCAGCUCUUGAUCUCUCCCAUACCCAGAAUAUUGGGCAGAUGCUUAAUACACACUUUAAACACUCCCAGUUUAUUGUGGUGUCCUUGAAGGAUGGAAUGUUUAACAACGCAAAUGUUCUCUACAAGACCAAGUUUAUGGAUGGUGUGUCGACUGUUGUGAGACACAGUGACAAAAAUCGUCGCACAAGUCAGAAAAGUACUUCAAAAACUUGCAAAAGUAAUGAAAUUAAUAACAGCUUUGCAGAAUAGGAAAAGACAAAAAUCGUCGCACAAGUCAGAAAAGUACUUCAAAAACUUGCAAAAGUAAUGAAAUUAAUAACAGCUUUGCAGAAUAGGAAAAGACAAAAAUCGUCGCACAAGUCAGAAAAGUACUUCAAAAACUUGCAAAAGAAAGGAAAUUAAUAACAGCUUUGCAGAAUAGGAAAAGACAUCACUAAAGGUGCCUUGUUGCCCAGUCUAGAAAGGCUCGGCAGAAGCUCUUUCAUUUUUUAAUGCAAAAGUUUUGGGGAUAUUUUUUAGGGGGGGAUCUUUUAUGUAUUAGUUUGUAAUUCACUUGAUACUUUUUUUAGCUCUAAAUUUGAGAGGAUGCUGUUGCCUAUGCUGUUGGCUAAGCUGACUACAUGUAUUAUUGUCUUCCCAUGAGUAAUUACUGUUGCCCUCAUGAGAGUCUGCACAUAAGCAUACGCCAGCAGUAGUCUUGUAAGCACAACAGAAGCCUUUGAGUGAGGACAGUCUGAUUUGUCUUGCACUGCUGGCAGCAUUCAGAAAGCCUGCUGCAAAUUUUAAGCACUGUCUCCUCUUAACAAGUAGCACCAAGCUUUUUUAAUUGUUUUCAAUAAGUUAUGGUUUAAUUUACAUUUCAAUUCAUAAAUACUUUUGAGCAGUCUGA